CAAACCCCCUAUUAUCAAGUUCAUUGUUUGGCUUUUGAUACAGUGCUUCUAUUUGAUUUCUUCUGGUCUCUUCCUUCCUGAAAAGCUUUUCUCUUCACCGCCGCCGAGUUAUCUGUAAGAGACGCUGCAAAAUCUCAAAAAAGUAAGGAAGAUUGGAGAAUAUCUGGUUGCCCCAGUUGGCCGCCAGUUUGGUUAUUUGAUUUUCUACGACAGACACAUUGAGAAUCUGAAGGAGCAGGUCCAAAAUCUGGAAGAUAAAAGAUUUGGAGUACAAAAAUCAGUUGAAGAAGCAGAGGCAAAGAGAGAAACUAUUGCACCAAAUGUUGAGCGGUGGUUGACAUCGGUCAAUAAACUCAUCGAAGAGGCUAGGAAAUUUCUCGAGGAUGAAGAGAACGCAAACAUAGGGUGUCUGAAUGGGUGGUGUCCAAAUUUGAAGUCACGCUAUUCCUUGAGCAGAAAAGCUACAGAGAAAACUGAAAGUGUGGAAAAACUACUUGGAAAAGGAGUUUUCUCUAGAGUGUCCUAUCCUACAGUUGUACCUUCUGUGGGGACAACAUUUGCAUUCACUGGAGGUUUUAAGGGGUUUGAAUCUAGAAGAUCGAUUAUGAAUGGAGUUAUGGAGGCACUGGCAGAUGAUAGUAUCUAUGUGAUUGGGAUAUGUGGGAUUGGAGGUGUUGGUAAGACAACUAUGGUGAAUGAAGUUGCCAAGAAAGUGGAAGAAAAAAAAAAUGUUCGAUGUUAUUGUGAUGGUAGUAGUGUCCCAAAACCCAAACUUGAUUACUAUUCAAGGCCAGAUAGCCAAAAUAUUGGAUUUACAAGAUUUUGGGGGAAACAAUUUACCAACUGGAGCGGGGAAGAUACGAUCAAAAAUAUUGAGCUUUGGAAGAGUCCUUGUAAUAUUGGAUGAUGUAUGGAAGAGACUAGAAUUGAAUGACAUUGGAAUUCCAUUUGGAGAUAAUCACAAGGGUUGCAAAAUUGUGAUGACUUCAAGAAGUGAAGAUGUAUGCAACGGCAUGAACACACAAAAGAAUUUUAUGGUUCGUGUCUUACCUGAAGAAGAAGCAUGGAAUCUUUUCAAGGAGAAGGAAGCAAUUCCCUACAACGAUACAAGUCAUACGAUUGAUUUCAAGUCGACACAGAUGUCAGUUGCGAAGGAAUGUGGAGGUCUGCCCAUUGCUAUUGUUACAGUUGGGAGGGCACUCAAAGGUAAAGGCAGGCCUUCAUGGGAUUCUGCUCUUGAACAAUUACGAAAGUCAUUGGUCAAAAACAUUAGUGGAGUGGAUGAAAAGGUGUUUAAAUCUCUAGAGUUGAGUUAUGAUUCCCUUGAUAGUGAUGAAGCCAAGAAAUGCUUUCUGCUCUGUUCUUUAUAUCCGGAAGAUUUUGAUAUUCCAAUUGAAGAUCUUGUUAGAUAUGCGAUUGGGAUAGAGUUGUUUGAGCGCAUUGAUAGUGUGCACCAAGCAAGAAACAGAGUACAUUCCUUAGUUGAUGACUUAAAAAAAUGUUAUCUAUUGAUGGAAAGUAAAAAUGAAGAGUAUCCAUUGAUGGGAAAUAAAAAUGUAGAGUGUAUCAAAAUGCAUGAUGUCGUACGUGAUGUGGCUAUAUCAAUUGCAUCUAGGGAGGAGCAUUCGAUUGUCGUGAGAUGUGAUGAAGUAUUGAAAGAAUGGCCCAAGAAAGACCGACUCGAAAAAAAGGCUAUAAUAUCAUUAAAAGUUGAUGGUAUCCAUGAGCUUCCUGGUAAUUUAGAAUUUCCAAAUCUCCAUCUUCUAAAGCUAGAUUGCAAUACUGGAUUACUACCAAUCUCAUUAGGUGAUCUCAACAAAGGAAUGGAGGAAGUCAAAGUACAAGAGACCCAAUAUAGAUUUUACCAAGGAAUGAAAGAACUUAAAGUGCUAGCUUUAUCCGAUAUGUACGGCUCAUUGAGGACAUCACUUCGAUGCUUGACCAACCUCCGAACCUUGUCACUUUUUCGUUGCCAACUUAUUGAUGAUGGUAUCUCUGUUAUUGGAGCAUUAGAGAACCUGGAAAUUUUGAGGUUUGGCAACUCUUAUAUCAAGGAAUUGCCAAAAGAAAUAAUAGGUCACCUUGCUCACUUGAAGGUACUUGAUUUGUUGGGAUGUGUAGUGGAAAAGAUUUACCCAGGGGUUUUGUCAAGCUUAUCAAAGCUAGAAGAGUUGUAUGUUGGGUCUAUCUUUCAAAGUUGGUGUGAAGUAGAAGAAAGCAAAGAAGGUGCUAAAGCAAUUAUCGAUGAGCUGGCGUCCUUGUCCAAUUUGGUGGCUUUGGAUAUUGCUCUAAUCAACAUUUCCUUCUGGCCGAGAGGAUUGGACAUUGAGAAGUUAAAAAAUUUCAAUAUAGCUGUUGGCACUUUCUUUGGCUACAUCCCUGCUGCUUGUUAUUCGUUGUCAAAUCAGUUGGAGCUCCAAAGCGUGAGUGACAUUAGUGAAACAGGGUUUAAUUUGCUGUUGAAGAGCACUGGAAUUCUGAAUUUAAACUCAAGUGUAGAAGAUUUGAAAAUUCUCUGUGAUUUGGUCGGCAAAGAUGGUUUUGAAUGCUUAACGAAUUUGUCACUAGUUGAUUUGUAUGAUUUGGAAUACCUCAUCAAUACAGCAGAUGGGGUUCCACAGAGUGCUUUCCCUGUGUUAGAGUUUCUGGAACUUCGUCAUCUAGAGAAUUUCAAAGGGAUUACUAGUCAUGAAUGCCGACUACCGAACAAGGCUUUCAGUGCAUUGAAAGUGUUGAGAUUAGAGUGGUUGCCUGAACUGGCAAAUUUGUGGAACGGUCCCACCCAACCUGUAUGGCUCGGCAACCUGACGUCUGUAGUAGUGGGUUGUUGUAGUCUGGAAAGUAUGUUCUCACUUUCCAUAGCUACAGAUCUAGUGCAACUGCAGGACCUUUCCAUAGUUUUCUGUGAGAUGAUGGAAGAAAUUGUUUCGAGUGAAGGAGGAGAGCAUGAAAUAGCAGCAAUAACAACAGAUAAAAUCGAGUUUCCUAAACUAAAGAAAUUGCAUCUCAGAGACCUGCCAAGUUUUACUGGUAUCUGCAAAGCUAUGAAUGCAAUUGAGCUGCCACAACUGAGUUCCUUGUCACUGUUGGAUAUGCCAAAGCUGAAGCGUCUCUGUCCUGCUUCAGAUUCAGAGAGUAAUUGUGAUCCCAUCAUUCAACCCCUCUUCAACGACAAGUUUAUUUUCAGUAAUUGGUCUCUGUACGAAUUUGGAAAACUUACUAUCACAGACAUAAAUGGAUCAAUAGAGAUGUGGCACAACCAACUUGAAGUUGACCGCCUUGACGCAGUGGCAUUCAUGUUGGUCCAAUGUUGCGGGAAAUUAUCAAAUGUGAUCUCGUCGAAUUUAAUACAGAGACUACGAAAUCUACAAGGGCUGAAGGUAUGGUGGUGUGAUUCACUGGAAACAAUAUUUGACCUCCAAGGGUCGGUACGCGCUGGUACUACUGGUCUGGAAUCAAUCAUUUGGCUAGGAGAUUUGAAAUUGAUGUAUUUGCCCAAGUUGAUGCAUAUAUGGAAGAAUGUUUCCCAACAACAAACUCGUUGUUUCAAAUUUCUAAAAUCCCUAGAAGUGGAGAGGUGUGACAACUUGAGAUAUCUAUUCACAAUUUCCAUGGUCAAGGUCCUUGGCUGUCUAAAUUAUCUAAGAAUUGGAAAUUACGAGAAAGUAGAAAAGAUUGUCACCAGGGAAGUAGAAAAAGAAGAAGUAUGGGGCAAAAUCAAAUUUUUGGAUGUGGAACUUGAAAAUCUUCCAAGUCUCGUGUGUAUUGGAAUUUCAGAAUCCCAAAUUCAUAUCUCCAAGUUGCGUGUAGAUUUCUGUCCCAAGUAUCGAGGUUUUGAUGUGGAAGGGGAGUAAUAUUUACCAUUUGCUGCGGUGCAUCGCCAAUCUCUUUACAGUAAAGGUAUGCAUUAUUGCUACACACAAAUAAUAAUAAUAAUAAUAAUAAUAAUAAUAAUAAUAAUAAAGUAAAAGCAAAAAAAUUAUUACACCAAAUGCCUCUUCAUCUUGUUGAUAAAUAUACUGUGAGUAUAUCUGUUUAUGCUCAUAUCCUUUAAUUUUUAGUGUAUAUAUUAUAUUUUGUUUGAGGCAUUCCAAAUAAUAUUUUCUUGGGUAAAUUAUAUUAAUAAUCCUUGUAUGUAGGUUCUUGUGUCAUUUUAGUCUCUAUAAUUUCAACUAAUUUGAUUUUUAUCCAGAAUUUAUGAUUUUGUCUUAAUUUGGUCCAAUUGAUUAUAAUUGCUAGCAUAUCUUUUAAUGAAAAAAGUGCAAAUGAAAGGCAUGUGUCUAGCUUUUAGGGUGAAAUUGUAAACUAGAUUAAC